AUGACUGCUGUUGCUUCACCACCUAGCGUGCAAUCGGGGCCUCGUCUAGGAUGGUAUUCUACUGGUAACGGAGGACAGGCGGCUCUUGGCUCAAUGAACACAGACGACGUGUCACGUAUGUUUAUGCCGCGAAAGAGUGUGCAAAGAUCCAAUUCUUCUUCCUCGUUAUCUUCCAACGCUUCAGCGACAUCUACAAACACCGUCGCCCACGUCAGUAAUGGUACAGUCUCGAACGGUGAAUCAGCUACGUGGUCGUCAAAAAAGAAAGCCGGUCGUGGCUUGUGGCCCGCCGCAAAAUCCGAGCCAGUAUCUGGCGUAACAAAUGUGAGGCCUCAGCCAGUCUCAGCAUCUACCUCAACAAACGGUGGUCCUACGGCGUCGUCUGCGAUGUCCGCCAUCCACCAGCCGUCGCCUGUGCCAUCACAACAUAUGAUUCAGUCACCGCAGCAGAAUGGCCUUUCUGCCACCUCUGGCAUGCAGGGUUCAUCUGACCCGCCUGCCAUCCUCACCCUUAUUCCUUUAAACGGUACAUUUGAGAAGAAACAUAUUACCGUGCCUUACAUGCCAGAAGUGCUUCGCAUUGGUCGGCAAACGAACGCAAAGACUAUUCCUACGCCCGUCAAUGGGUAUUUUGAUUCAAAGGUGCUGUCACGACAGCAUGCUGAGAUUUGGGCUGAUCGCCGAGGAAAAAUUUGGAUUCGUGAUAUAAAAUCCUCAAACGGUACUUUCGUCAACGGUCAACGCCUGUCACCUGAAAGCCGAGAAUCCGAACCACACGAGUUACGAGAAAACGACGCGCUUGAUCUUGGUAUCGAUAUUGUGAGCGAGGAUCAGAAAUCCAUUGUCCAUCACAAGGUCUCGGCAAAAGUUGAACAUGCCGGAGUAUAUAAUACGGGACCGAAUAUCUUCGACUUGAACUUUGGCGAUAUCGACCCUACAUCUGGUGGAGGUCUCUUACCUUCGCCGUUGAGCCAACCCGUUGUGCACUUGCGCGGUCGAGCAAGCUCUUCACUCAGUAACCGCAGUGUCCAAAGUGCAGCAAGCACAAGCAGCCAAAUGAGUGCUUUGCAUCAGCAAAGACAAAUGAAUUACUGGCUCUCGCCUAUCACCAUUGAACAUGUCGUCAAGCGGCUCACUACCGAGAUCAAACAAGCGAAGCAGCAAUCCUUGGACCUUCGACAAACAGACGAGUUCUUGCAAACGCUCAUUUCAUCAGACGGUUCGGACAAAGAUAAGCUCAAUCAUAAAAUUGAAAAUAAUCACAGGCAGAUGAAUGGACGAGCGAAGAUGUCUCGUAUCGACCCUAUCAGAUUCUCCGAACCUCCUGCUCCUCCUCCACAACAACCACUGCCUGAAAAGCCAGAUGUUGCUCGCCGAGCUGCUGAGCCAUCUGCAGGUGGGUUGAAACGGUCAGAUACUGAGAAACCAUUAAAGGAUAGCCCAACAAGCUCUCCGGUUUCUAAAGAGUCCAGUCAGAUUCUGUCUCUGAUCGAGGCUUUGUCACUCACUAAAAGGGAAUUGGAAGCCCAAAACAGUCGCGUGAAGGAAUUGGAAGAGCUUCUCCGACAGGAAAGAUUAGCUCGUGAAAAUGCAGAGGAAACGCGAAAACAAGAACCGGACAGUCUAGCAGAGCCUACGGGGCAGCUAGGUGAAAUGGAUGUCGAACCGGUAAUUUCAGAGGUUGAAGAGAUUACAAAAACUCUUGAUACUUCAAUGAGAGAACCAAUCGAGGUCGCGGAAACCAAGGGUCUCGAGGCUCCCGUCCUUGAUGCGCAAACUCAACAUUUGCAGCAACAACUUGAUAACAUGGUCACAGAGUUGGCAGAAAUGAAACUUCAGGUUGAAACAUUCAAGCAACGCGCCGAGAAAGCAGAAGGCGAAACAAUCGAAGCCCGCAAAUCUCUUGCCGAGAUGAUUGAAACGAUCCGACAGGAACGCGAGCAGGCCGCGAAAGCAAAGGAGUCUUUGGCAGAUGAAGCCGAGACUAGUAUUACCGAAACCCGUGGUAUCGGCAAACCCCCCGAGAAGUCAACUCUUUUGAACCACAAAGUCGAUCCCCACAAGAUCAAGGAGCUAGAGAACGCGGUAUCCUCACUGACGCAACAACGGAAAGCCAACAUGCUAGAAACCUCGGGGCCAUACGCAUCAAUGGUGGGAGUCGUCCUUCUCGGUAUCGGAUUGAUGGCAUAUCUUAACGGCUGGCAAAAGAUUGAAAGAUGA